AUGACAAAUAAUGAGAUAAUUUUGGAUAACGAAUACAAAGAUGAUGAUGAGGAUAUUCAAAUAGUCACAGCAACGCAUGUUUCACUCGAAGAGAGUUCAAAAGCGAAGAAGCUCAAAAGUAAAAGAAGAAAACUAGAAAGCAAACUUCAAGAUGAAGAUGAAGUAGUGGUUCCUAAACCAGAAUCUUUUGAACACAAUAUUGUGCACACUUUUAAAAAAAUUGUUCAUGUUAUGAGAGAAGGGAACAAAUCUUGUGACUAUACAUGUGAGGAAAUCGAGAAAGAAUUAGAGUCGAUGGGUUUGGAUGACAAUGAAUUUGCAAAUGCUUUCAUAUAUUUGUCGCGUAAUCAAGCUAAUGCAAGGGCAAUCUUUAGUUCUUCAAUGAAGAUGCAGAAGAUAUUUCUAAGAAAGAUGAUGGAUGGAGGUAAAAAGUGA